UAGUAUGAAAUACAUUUUGAACACUUGAUAGUUCAAAUUGUUACAUCAAUGAUUUGUACGAUGAUAAUUUACAAUAGUCGCUGUCGUCAUUUGACAGUCGAUUCCAUACGCGAUAUAUAAUUUUAAUACAGCUUGAGACGCUUGAUGAAACGGUCUGAUAAAAUUUUAAUUACAGCUGGUUAAUGUGCGUGAAACUUUGACUAAUAUUCAGCCAUAAUAUCGUUGUACUCACUAAGCAGGUUUAGCAAGAUUCAAUGAGAUGACGUAGCAGACGAGGUUGCAGCUAGCCGCUUAUUAAAUGGAACGUUAAUUGGGAUGCUGCCAAUGAAAACUAGUGAAACAGUAAUUUGUUAAAAAAUGUUCUCAAAACAAAUAAUAACCGAAUAUUCGUUUCUUUGUAAAGAUUUUUUUCUAAUCCUAUAUCAAGGGUUGAUCAGUUUCCUAUUACGAGGAAGGUAACGUAAUAAAUAUAUGUAUACGGGAAAAAAAUUGUGUGAAUAAUUGAGUAUCUGUAUAGUAUAAUCGAAGUAUCACUCUAUACAAGCAUGUGAAAUACGAUGAUACAUACGCAUGGAUAGCAGCUGAGACAAUUAGCCGUAGAGUAAUUAACGUUAGAAAAGAGAUGAUUACUCAGCUCGAUACAGCAUUGAUAGAACAGACAGGUUAGUGCAAGGCACGUACGAUACUUCGUGUCCCCUGUGCAUUGACUUGACUUUUUAUCGACUUCAUUCGUAUACCUGUUAGACAGUAAACUCUUUGGCUGCGUUUCGUUUCGCUUUUACGAUGCCGAAAUCGGGACAGCGCAUUUUUGCCGUGCUGCAGAGAUUACGCGGACUCGUGCGACGAAUCUGGCAGGAAUCGACAGGGCGGCGCAAUAACGCUGGGUUAAGAAUGAUUAAAGCAUGUAGCGUUACCGACGAAUGUCUUUCUUUCGUUCUACUUUGGUUCCUUUUGCUUCCGUUUGAAAAGUGGACGAUUAACAGUGAGGCCUCGCUUUGUCGGUAAGGUAGACGCUCAGUUUUUUCACGCGUAUCGACGGAGUGUCGCUCCCGCUUUUUUCUCACUAUUUUUUCAAAUAUAAUUCGUCGAGUUUUUGCUGUUAUUAAUUAUUCGUAUGUCAUUAAUCAUUUCGCAACAGUCGUCGAAAAUAUUUGCGAAAGAAUUAAGCUUUAUUCAUUUGUUGAAUACAAUUAUCAUGACGUUUAAUAUCUGGUUAGAUUCGUUGAAGCAACAAAGAUAGGAUUUCGAUAAAUUCGUAAAGAAAGUAUUUAGGAUGAUAUUCUUUCGUAAUUCUAUAUUCUCUAGGGAAAUCCGUCUGACGCGAAGUACACGUCUAGAACGUUAUACGAGUAUCAAGAAUCUCAAAAACUCCUGAUAACGAUAUGCUUCUAAUGCGUAUAUUCCUUUGACGUCGAUAAUAUCUACGAUCGUCAAACGAGAAUUCCCGAAACUUUACAGGAAAGCAGUCAAAAGAUGCUUUCCCAAGAGAUAUAAUAUACAGUUAAAUUUUUUUAUACAAUCAUACGUGUAUGUACAAUAAACAGGAACGAUCUACUCGCACAAGCAGCUAACGCUAUCGAUGAGAGAACGUUGCUGUUACCAUGAGUAUUUUUUUAACCACGUACUAUUCAGUAUUGAAGCACGUUCCUGUGCACGCGAGUCGACGCCCACUGACGUGCUAAAAAUUAUGCUUGAAAUCGAAAGCCCAUGGUCUUUCUUGGCCAACCGGUUGCCUGGUCUAUCUUGUCACGAUACUGUCACCGUGAUAACGUGAUAACGGGAAGCCGGGGCAAGCAGGUUCUUGACACACGACAGUAGAGUCUAAUGGAGUCAACGGCAGAAUGGAGUCGAGAGUGAAGUGGUUAGUCUAGACAUACCCGGGUGGGACUGGGUACGUACUGGAGAGGAUACAAGCGUUAAACUCGUAGGGGAGGGAGUAAGAGAUAGUCAUGAUCAGGUUGGGAAUAAUUAUGGUAGAUAUGUACUAUCAGCUAUUGUGAGUAUACAUAUAGCGAGUGUAACCGCGUACGCGCAGGAUCAACACAAGAUACGAUUUCCCUCGUUGUCCCCCUUCUGACCUACAGCGCCAUGCGGAAAGUAGAGGCAACUACUGUCGCUGUCUCCCUGCUAUACCCUAGUGUUACAGUAUUUGCAAAUUAUCUGUAAACCUGGGGCUAAGAAGUUGUUUCAGCGUUCCAAGUGUAUAUAGCGAAGGUGGGCCGCCUCGAGCUACGUAACAACCUACAUUUUAUUUACUGCACUUUUACUCGCGUCGCUGCACGGGCGGCCUUGCUGCGGCCUGAAUACCUUGCUAGUCCGCAUCGACGGGCCCUUUCUAUUGCCAGUCUGCGUUUUCAGCUUAAUACGAACUGCCGUCGGAUUGAACUGCCUUGUCGUCGCCGCUCGUUACCCUCCGAUCUUCCUUAGUCGUAUGGACGAGCUUUCGAUGUCUUUACCGACUGCUCUUUUCUCGGUCGAGUCUGGUAGAUCCGAAACGAGAUUCCCCGACUCACGUCAGUCUUAUGCGAGCUAUGCGAUCCUUGAACUCGAUUCGAGUCGUCUAGCCGGGCGUUUUCAUGCACAUGUUCAUGCUUGUCGUACUACGUAUCAGCCAGUAUGAUCCUGGAGGACGCGGUACGUGUUAUGAAAUCCUCUUAUUUUUUAAAUUCUUUUUUCGUCAAGUCAAGAUAACAAAAUUAUAAUACCUUACAGGUUAACAAGGUUAUUUAUAGCGAAGAUAACGAUUGUGAUGAACUGGUUCGAUUUAUAUGAAAUUGUCAUUUUAUUUGUUGCACAAGAAAACACUUUAUCAGUUAUUCAUUGUGAUUGUCACACUGUGAUAUUAGAUUCGUUUGACGCUUGUUAAAGUUUGUGAUAAGCAAUUUAACUGCAUACACCUUAUGGAUGAAUACUAGAAGUGGAUGCUGUGUUAUGAAGGUGUAGUUGGCAAUACUUUGCUAAUCGGGAAUGGCGACCGUUAUCAAUGUCAAAUAUAUAGAGAAUGUGCAACAAGAGUGUGCAGAACCGAUGCUUUCAAAUGCGACACCCAUCGAGAAGGAAAUGUUGGUCAAUAUCAAUUGCUCGAUCGGGAUCAUAAUCGAUUAUAUUCGUGAGAUUGCUCAGCUCGACGAAAAGGUUGAAUUUGAUUUAUGCGAUGAAAUUACGUACCAGUUGAAAAAUGUUUAUUCCUUUCGGCCGUACGUGUCGGGGUUAAUGAUUUUACGACCGAAUCUUACUUACUUGAUUGUAAUAUUACAAAGGGACUCAAGUGGGCAAAUCUUAAAUGCUGUACCGAUAGUUCCUGAAAGAAGUACUAAAAGUAUUAACGACAUUGUUGCCAAGAUUCGUAAACAAACUAAAAGGCAAUCGGGGGCGUCGGUUAGUAAAAUUAUUAUUGUUUAAUUAUGGACAAAGGAAUGUAGUGGCUAUAGUACUUUCUUUUGGCUCGAUAUUAACG